AAAAUCUUCGCUUUUCCUCGCAAAUCCGCGUCGCGUCAUCGUGGGAUCCGUGUUAUCUAUGCGAACACGCGUACCUUUUCCGCGCAGCCGAGCUCUCGGCGGAAAUGCUGCCGUUACGUGCCGGUUGCAACGACCUGCUCCGAAACCAAGUUACAAGGUCAUUAAGGAUCACAAGCUUCCUAGCAGCAAGAUACCUCACAUCGACAAACAUCAAGAUGCCUAUCCAAAGUAUCAAGGCACGUCAGAUCUACGACUCCCGUGGAAAUCCCACGGUUGAGGUCGAUCUAGUCACUGAACUGGGACUCUUCCGUGCUGCGGUGCCAUCGGGUGCGUCCACCGGAGUCCACGAGGCCUUGGAGAUGAGGGAUAACGACAAAUCGAAAUAUCAUGGCAAAUCCGUCUUCAAAGCCGUGGAGAACGUCAACUCCAUCAUCGCUCCUGAAUUAUUGAAGUCGAAUCUGGACGUUACGCAACAAACGGAGAUCGAUAACCUCAUGCUGAAGUUGGACGGUACGCCAAACAAGUCCAAGCUGGGAGCUAACGCGAUCCUCGGUGUCUCCUUGGCGAUCUGCAAGGCUGGCGCUAAACAAAAGGGCAUGUCCCUUUUCAACUACAUCGCCGAGUUGGCUGGCAACAAGGAAAUUAUCUUGCCCGUACCAGCGUUCAAUGUGAUCAACGGUGGCUCUCACGCCGGCAACAAGCUGGCCAUGCAGGAGUUCAUGAUCCUGCCGACCGGCGCGAGUAACUUCACGGAGGCCAUGAAGAUGGGCAGCGAAGUCUAUCACCACUUGAAGGCGGGCAUCAAGAAGAAGUUCGGCCUCGACGCUACGGCCGUCGGUGACGAGGGUGGAUUUGCGCCCAACAUCUUGGAGAACAAAGAAGCUCUCAACCUGAUCAUAGACGCUAUCAAGAUCGCCGGCUACGAAGGGAAAAUCAAGAUUGGCAUGGACGUCGCCGCGUCCGAGUUCUACAAGAACGGAAAGUACGACUUGGACUUCAAGAAUGAGAAGUCCGACCCGAGCACGUACUUGGAGCCUGAAGCAUUGAAGAAUCUGUACUUGGAAUUCGUCAAGGAUUUCCCGAUCGUGUCGAUCGAGGAUCCCUUCGAUCAGGACGGCUGGGACUCCUGGACCUCGAUGACCGCGUCCACCCCUAUUCAGAUCGUCGGUGAUGACCUCACCGUCACUAAUCCCGAGAGGAUCAAGACGGCCAUCGAGAAGAAGGCCUGCAACUGCCUGUUAUUGAAGGUCAAUCAGAUCGGCAGCGUGACCGAGUCCAUCAACGCCCACAAUCUCGCGAAGAGCAACGGCUGGGGCACCAUGGUAUCCCAUCGUUCCGGAGAAACGGAGGACACGUUCAUCGCCGACCUGGUGGUCGGUCUCUCGACCGGUCAGAUCAAGACCGGCGCGCCCUGCCGAUCGGAGCGUCUGUGCAAGUACAACCAGAUCCUGCGUAUCGAGGAGGAGCUGGGCGCUGCCGCGAAAUACGCCGGCGAGAAAUUCCGUAAUCCCCAUGCUUAAAUUAAACUCGCUUUGUAAUAUACCCAUACUUUAUCACCACACUUUACCGUCCCGAACGAGUUCCGACUACCUUUAAAAUGUAAUAUGAAACAAUUGUGCAUAUUUUUAUGACCGUUUACGACCAACGGUCAGAUGCGACGUACUCCGAAAGACAAAGAUGUUCGUAUCGUUUAGCGACGAUAAAUCGAUAUUCAUAGCCGCGUGCGAUAAAAGAUACGUUAAACGUGGCGGAGCUAUUAUGUUCUGCAGGUCGGAAGAAAUAUAUAUGUGUACACCGAAAAGAUAUUUCAAAGUAAUGUUGAAACGUGACGCUAUAUAGUAACGUUAUAUAGUUACGUGUAUGAAAAGAAAGAGAGUGAAAAGUCGAACGACAAGGGUAAAUAAAUCCUAUUCAAGUGACAGACUGUGUAUGUGUUUGGUAUCACAUGUGAGCCGAUGGUAAUAUAUCAUGGCAAACUUCGCCAAAAAAGUCAUAUCUGUAAAAGUAAAUGAAUAAAUUCAAAUGAAAGAGA